GUUCAUCCAAGAGGUACCGUGUUUUACUUGAUAUUUGUUGAUAUUCAAGGUGAAUCCAUCAUUCUUAGGAAAAGCAUGUUAUCAACAUCGUUGCCGCACCUGCGCCGGUUUGUAUGGACACUGGGUAGGCGAAACCUCGGUCUCACAGCCGUAGCUGCACAGACUACUGCCAAGCUUGAUCCGAUUCAGAAAUUAUUUGUCGACAAAAUCCGAGAAUAUGAUACAAAAAGCAAGGCUGCAGGAGGGAAGCUAGUUGACCCUUCACCGGAAAUUGAGAAGGAAAUGCGUGAUGAUCAGGAAAAAAUUAAGAGGCAGUACUCUGAUGGCAAAGACGUUAAUCUAGCUGAAUUCCCCAGCUUUCAGUUCACAGAACCAAGUUUGGAUCCAAUUAACAUGGAUGCGAAGAAGUGAGACAAUUACACAUCCAAUCUAGAAUAGUUAUAACUGAGUCACAAAUAUGAGCUGUAGGAGCAUAAUAAGCAUUAUUUCAUAAAAACCUGUGAAGAAUAUCAAUUAAUCGGGUUAAUCCCUGCUAAGAAUCUGAAUUGUAAUGAGGUCGAUACGUGACUAUACGGUGGAAGGUGGUUCACCAAGGCCGUUGCUUCGGUGAACCAAUCCUUGACCAGGUCCGUAUAGUCACGUGUCGACCUCAUCACAGGUCGAUAACCGUUUUAUUAUAUGGUUAAUAAAGAAAUCAAAAACAAA